UGGCUGCGGCGCUCGCUCUUCGCCUUUGCAGUUAGGCUGCUGCUUCGCCCUUCCUGCCCCUUUGGAAACCGCUGCACUGCCUCAAUUGGCGUCGGGGUCGCUCUCCUCCAAUAUGUUCCUAGGUGGCAGAUUUUCCGGUACUCGGAGACUCAGGACAAAAUGGCGCUUGCACGGGCCGCCGAGGACUGGCGGGGCCCAGCUGUGAGGUUCUGGUAUGAACAGGAUCCGGAUCCACGUCCUGCCGACCAACCGGGGGAGAGUCACCCCAGUGCCCAGGCCCCAGGAGCCGCUGUCCUGCUCGUUUACGCAUCGCCCAUGCUCGCAGCCGCGUCUGGAGGGCCAGGAGUUCUGCAUUAAGCACAUCCUCGAAGACAGGAAUGCACCCUUCAAGCAGUGCAGUUACAUAUCGACCAAGAAUGGAAAACGAUGUCCCAGUGCAGCCCCAAAGCCCGAGAAGAAAGAUGGGGUGUCCUUCUGCGCUGAACAUGCUCGCAGGAAUGCCUUGGCACUUCAUGCUCAGAUGAAGAAAACUAAUCCAGGGCCCAUGGGUGAAACACUCUUGUGCCAGCUGAGUUCAUAUGCUAAGACAGAGCUGGGGUCUCAGACUCCAGAAAGUAGUCGUAGCGAAGCAAGCCGAAUUUUGGAUGAAGAUAGCUGGAGUGAUGGGGACCAGGAGCCCAUUACUGUGGAUCAGACAUGGAGAGGUGAUCCUGACAGUGAAGCUGAUAGCAUAGACAGUGAUCAAGAAGAUCCCCUAAAACAUGCAGGUGUCUACACAGCAGAAGAAGUGGCCCUAAUUAUGCGGGAGAAGCUUAUUCGUUUGCAGUCCUUAUACAUUGACCAGUUUAAACGACUUCAGCAUCUGCUCAAAGAGAAGAAACGACGUUACCUACAUAACCGCAAAAUAGAACAUGAAGCUCUAGGCAAUAGUCUCCUGACUGGCCCAGAAGGACUUUUGGCCAAAGAACGGGAGAACCUAAAGCGACUCAAGUGUCUUCGACGUUAUCGUCAGCGCUAUGGAGCAGAAGCUUUAUUACAUAGGCAGCUGAAGGAACGCAGAAUGCUCGCCACAGAUGGUGCUUCCCAGCAGGCCCAUACCACUCGUUCCAGUCAGAGGUGCUUGGCCUUUGUGGAUGAUGUUCGUUGUUCCAAUCAGUCUCUUCCAAUGACCAGACACUGCCUUACCCAUAUUUGUCAGGAUACAAAUCAGGUUCUCUUCAAAUGCUGCCAGGGAUCUGAAGAAGUACCCUGCAACAAACCAGUUCCUGUAAGCCUUUCUGAGGAUCCUUGCUGUCCACUGCAUUUCCAGUUGCCUCCUCAGAUGUAUAAGCCCGAGCAGGUACUGUCUGUGCCAGACGAUCUGGAUGCCGGCCCCAUGGAUCUGUACUUGAGUGCUGCUGAGCUUCAGCCCACUGAGAGCUUACCUCUGGAGUUCAGUGAUGACUUGGAUGUUGUAGGUGAUGGCAUGCAGUGUCCUCCUUCACCCUUGUUGUUUGAUCCUUCACUAAACCUUGAUGAUCAUUCAGUCAAAGAAAUUGCUGAAGCCCCAAUGGAUAUUUUGGACCCGGUGCACAUGACUGGAGACGGCUGUAGAUCUCGGAGUUCUGAGGAAGGCUCUGUGCCAUUGCCUAAAAGUGGAGUUGUCACUACAAAUGGAAAGCCAGAAUCCACUUCUGUCAGCUGAUAGUUUGUUUGGGGGAACCAUUUGGCUUUGAAGGAAAUUGAUGCCCCAUUCUUUAAGCAAGUGUUUCUGGCCCUUUGACUAGUCAACAGCGCAGACCAUGUGUUUCUUCUGAGCUACUGAACACUUUAGUCAAACAUAAAGUCAGAUCUUGGGGAAGGGGACCAAUAGUGUCUAAAAGCUUGGGUGUCUUAUUCUGGCAUGAAAAAGAUGAUUCUACAGAGACGUUUUUGUUACAAGACUUGGAAAAUUGGAGGAGAAAUCCAUGAAGGUGGUAGUUGGGAACUGUACCUUUGGAUGUUGAAUCAAUGUCCAUCUCUUUCUAAUGGACUACAUAUUACCCUUAUUUCUCACAUAGUUGGGUGAUUGGAACCCCCUUCCACAAAUUAACUCUGACUUGUAAAUCUCUGAGAAAUUAGCCCAUAGGACUGGGCCAUCUACUUAGCCAUCCAAGUUGUUUCUGAUCUCUGAACAUAUCCGUAGUGGCUAUCUUAUGUAAGAUAUAAUUAAAAAGUUACUGUAUAUAGUUUAUAUUAAAUGUUAUGAAAAUGUAAAUCAUUUGAAUGCAUGUUUGUAUUUAAGAAUAUUUGGGUCCUUAGCCCUCUGGAAUGGGAAAACAGGCUAGAUACAUUUUUCUCCCAAGGAUAUAUGUUUCCAAUAACAUUGGUUUUUUGGUUUUGUUCUUUGGUGCUGGAGAUUGAACACAGGGCUUCACAAAUUCAAGGCAAGUGCUUUACUACUGGUUUACAGCCUGGCCUUUUCAGAAAUUUAUUUUGUUUUUGGUUUGAAAGAUAAGAACCUGUAGAAGUUGGAGCUGGAGCAAUAGUACAGCAGGUAGGGUGCUUGUUUUGCACGCUGCUGACCAGGGUUCAAUCUCCAGCAUCCAAUACUGCCUCUGGUUUCCCCCAGUACUGCCAGGAGUAACCCCUGAGGUAUAACCCCCAAACGAAAAAUCCUGUAGAGAUAAAUGAAAAGGGACUGCAUUAAAGCCUGUCAGUUACAAAUUUUAUCCUCUCCACGCCCUAGUUCCACUUACAGACCUCACUAACCCACCCCCUGACCUGACUAUCUUUGUCACAAUGAUUAUCAUCUUCAGAUUCUCUAGGGGAAGGAAUCUACUUAUUAGAGUAUUGGUAUCUGAUCACAUAGACAUAAAUUGUGCUAAAAUUCAUUUUGAUUGUGAGAUAAGAUGGCAUUAAUAAAUUGAAGUCCAUGGGA